GCAACUCACAUUAGUCGUAUAUAUGCCGAGUUACAGACGCCUUGUGACUCAUUCUCUGGUUAGUGAUCAAACCUUUUUGAAGUGCGGCAACUCCGACAGAACAGUUUUACUUUAGGCUUCUGUAAGGUGACUACGAAUAUUGCGAAACAUGGCAAUGCGGUCUUCAAUGUUGCUCCUACGGCGUGUGGUUGUUCCGACGAUACAGCUUUCAAGACCCAUACAUACUAGACGUAAGUCUACUAUGGUAUCGCCAGCACUGAGGACGGAUAUAACCGGGAACGCGCCUGCCAUUACUUCUGCUCUUCCCGCUCAGCAUCUGACAGCAAAGGUCAUUUUUGACGGGGAAAGAACGGCUGAUUUCAAAUAUAUAUGGUUACGCGACAACUGCCAGUGCUCCCAGUGCAUUGAUGCAAGCACCAAACAAAAACUGGUUGACUCUCCAACACUCGAUGUGCACGUCAAGCCCCUAUCCCUAACCAUUAACCAACUUGGCAGGCUGGAAAUUAAUUGGAGGGAAGUGACUGGGGAGAUCCACACAUCAGAAUACGACCCUGCUUGGCUCUUCAAGUAUGGCCAGUCUUUCAUGCACAACAACUUCGAGAGCGACACCACGGAUAUGGAACUGCACACUGCCAGACCAGAGUAUGAGCUCUGGGAUCGUACAACCAUCUGGGCCAACUUCCCUGAGCUCUCUUACAAAGAGUUUAUAGAGACAGAAAGUGGCCUGUGCACUUGGUUGGAUAUGUUUUAUAAAUACGGCGUCGCUGUUCUUCGUGGUGUUCCUACAGAAAAGAACAAGAUCAUUGAUAUUGUCAAAAGAUUCGCCUACAUUAAAGAGACGCAGUAUGGCCAAACCUUUGAUGUCAUCAAUAAGCCUGUAGAAGGCUCCCACUUAGCUUAUACCGGAUUACAUUUGGCUCAUCACACAGACAUGAACUACAGAGAAAAAUCGCCUGGCAUGCAACUCCUCCACUGCAUCAAGGCUAACGAUCCCAAGCUGACAGGCUCUGAUCCUGGUGGCCGUUCAUUCUUUGCUGACGGAUUUCGUAUCGCACGAUGGCUGGAGGAAAAUGAGCCUGCUGCAUUCCAUGUGCUGACAUCAACUCCCAUCAGAUUUUCUAUCAAGAACGAUGGUCAACAGUAUUCCGCAAUCUGGCCAGUUUUGUGCACUAACAGUAAUGGUGACGUAACAGAGGUCCACUACAACAAUAGGACCAUGAAGCCUCUGCAAGCACCUACUCACGUGGUUACGCCUUUCUACCAUGCCUAUAAGUUGUUUUCUGAUAAGCUGAGAGAUCCAGGUUCAGGACUGGAAUUCAACAUGGUCCCAGGCGACCUUGUUGCUUUUAAUAACAGACGAGUUCUUCAUGGGCGCACAGCCUUUGAUGCAACUAAGGUCGACAGGCAUUUGCAAGGUUGCUAUGUCGACAUUGAUGAAGCAUUCUCUAAGUACGAUAGUCUUAGAGGAAAGACGUGAUGAUCCAAGACACCAUCAAUGAGGAUCUCUCUCACACGUCCUCUACCGGUUGUGAGAUGAAUAAUCACCCCCAUUCAUUUUGCAUUAUGCUAACCUCAAACAUGGAAUGAAAAUCCACUGGUCUCAUGCCAUAUGUAAGGGAGGGAUGAGUUAAAUUAAUUGUUUCCCUUGACUGGAACUUGGAUGUCAACCUAAAUUCUAUGUUUGAGGUUGUCGUACCUAGUAGCUAACAGUCUAAAAAAGAAAAAAAAAAAAAAGAAAUUCUGGAAGGUAAUGAGUUUGAAUAAUGAAUGAUGAUGUCCUUGACAGACAGUACUGUUUUAGCUGUAGGUACAAACACAUUACAUCAAUCACUAUCUUAAUAGAAACUGGAAUCGAUUUUUGGCUUCUGCUUCAGUUUUAAGUAUAACAAAUCUACUUAAUUUUGAUGUUGUCAUUAUCUCCUCCUGUAUUUCAAGUUCAUACUUGUUAUUUCACUUACAGAGAGCUCUCAACUAUCCUAAGUAUUAUCUGUUUACACCUAGCAUUAUGGUCUCAGUUCCCUUCAAAUCUGUUUCAUUGUGGACCUGAAAAUGACUCCUCAACUUUACAUCGAUUAACAUUCCAGUACAAAUAAAAUUACGAAGUUGGAUCCUUCGAAAGAAAACACCAUGAAUUAAACGUGAAUAUUGGAAUUGUAAGUACUGAUAUAAAGUACACAGUUUUGUGAAGCAGAAAUGCCAUUCAUCGUCCAGUUAUUCUUUCUAGGAGAAUCAGUCCAGCAAUCAUAAAACAGUCAGGUAAGUGUUAUCCGAGGCUCGACAGAACCUGAACAAGAUCUGAUAGCCUCCUGAUAUCAUUGCAAUAAGACUACUAUCUUUGGAACACAUAAUUUUUUUUUUUAGUUUAAGAUACAAGGAACAUCAUCAUAUAUUAUGUGAGCCUUGUUUAUCUUUCAGCUUUGAACAGCAGAAGUGAAGAACACAAUGCUCAACUAAAUUCGACCUUUUUGGAAGUGUUUAUUGUGGUAGACACUUUUCUAAAGACUUCCAGCAUAGAUUUGAGUUUUGACGUUUGUGUGCAUCACUUCCAUUGUCAUGCUCUUUGGUCAUUUGCCAAGGGAAACCAUAUUUGUAGGAACAGAGUAAGCACUGCUUCAUGCUCCGUGAAUCCAUAAAUGUUUCCAUAAAGCAUUUUUUGAUGGUCGGGACCUAAAUAUUUGCUGUUUUUUUUCAAGUCUAAAUUCAUUUCAUGCCCUAAGGUUCAUUUUUGUAGGAAUUCAGUAAGGAGAGAUUUUAACAUGCAGCCUUAAAUAUACGAAUUAAGAAAUUUCUGAGUUAAAAAGUGUUUGCAAUUAAUUUUUUGUAAUUUCAUGUACAAGUAAUUGCAAUUUCACUGGGUUGUAAGUUGUUAUUCUAAAACACAUUAUAUACACUGCAGGUAUGCAAAGACUUGUGCUUUCUAUUACUCAAUACAUGGUUUAUAUUGGCAAAUGAUCUUCACAUCCCAAUUUGUUUUUUCAUCUAACGUUGCUCAAAGCUUCUUAAACAUUCACAUUUUCAGCAUUUACCCAGGUUAUCAUUAGAAAGUUGUAACUAAUACAUUUUUCUUCUACCUUUAGGUUCAGCAAGUAAUGGGAAUAAAGGAAUGUACAAUUCAUCGACCUCCUUCAAGGAUCAUUGAUUUACAAAUGCAGGGCAUCUUGUAGAAUUUCUUCAUUAUUUUUUUUUCACCAUUUGAUUUUACAUGUAGUUGUAAUGUUCUCAUUUGUGUUGUCCUUAACUAUGAUACCGUGUAUUAGUAUAUAUUUGAUUCUGAUAUGAUUUCUGAUUGGCUGGAAGCAGUUGCUUCACUGUAUUAUUUAAUUCAACACUUCAUUUAAAUUAUAUUGACAUUUUAUAUCACUCACAUUUCAUUAAAUGCUGAAUAUAUAUAUAUAUAUAUAUAUAUAUAUAUAUAUAUAUAUAUAUAUAUAUAUAUAUAUAUAUAGCUAUAUAUAAAAUAGAAAAUGUUGACCAUUUGUAAGAGAUUGAGAAGGAUGCCUUAUCAGAUUUCUUUCAUAAUUCAAGUGAGUUAAAUUUGUACAUAUAUUCCAUAAUGUGCUGAUCGCAUACGGCGGUACUUCUUGUGCUGGUAAGACAGAUGCAUUUUAAUGACAAAACCUGAGACAUAAUUAUCUCGUAUCUUAAUUUUAAUGGAUAAUUUUAAGGAUACAUUUUAAUAUCAAAGGGAUUACUUUAUUGAAUUAGUUUAAGAUGCAUGAAAUCAAAUUCACCUGCAAUUUGAUUCUGUAUUGAUAGAUACAUGCCAAAGGUUUAUAAUACAAUAAAACUGUAGUUUAUAAAUAUUAUUGUUCCAAGAUCUUUCAUAAUGGAAUGGUGAAAGGUUGUUUUUGGUACCAAUUAUCUAAUUAGAAAAAUGUGCUAUCUUUGAAUGAAUAAAAUACUUUUGCUAAAA